AUGAAAAAUCCUCAAAUCUUCCGUCGAACUUCUAUGUCUCCUCCUUCAACAGCCACAACUAACAACAAAGAAUCUUCAUCACCGGUUAGUAUGGCACAUCUCCCUGUUGAUCUACUGUUGAACUGCUUAGCCCGCGUCUCGAGAUCGUACUACCCAACCCUCUCCUUAGUUUCCAAGAGAUUCCGCUCUCUCCUUGCUUCCACGACGGAUCUUUACGAGACCCGAAGGCUUUUAGGCAGCACCGAGAGUUGUCUACGUACGUCUGCUUAA